GGAAGCUUCUCCUUUACACCUUUUUCCCCUGCUCUCUACCGACUGGGGGAAGUUCUCGUCUCACAAAGUCCUCGUUAAAAAUUUCACCACCGUUGUCCACAAUGGAGAGCGGUUCUGAAGAAGAAGAUAACGUCGUGUUCCUGCGCGAGGAGCUGCGCAAAAAGACGCAGGAGCUCAAGCAGAUGCAGGACGAGUUCGACGAGUACACGCAGUCCAGCCACGAACUGGAACUGGAAUUGGAGCAAGAAUUGUCCCGCGUGGAGAAGCGCAACACCCACCUACUUAACAAAAACCAGUACUUGGAGCGCGACCUGCAGAUCGCUCGUAAUAAGUUGGAGGAGGCACUGGACCAGACGCGCCAGUUCGAGAAUGAGCUUCAGGCCACACGCGCCGAGCUACACGCAGCCGUACAGGCUCGUCGCAAGCUUGAGCAACAGCAGGAUGAAUUAGAGACGCAAGUGCGUGUCCUGCAGGCCACAGAGUCCGAUAUUCGGCACAAAAUGGAGCGCGAGAUGGAGGAGAAGGUCUUCCUGCUGAGCGACCAGGAGGAGCUCCAGCAUGAGCACGAAUUGGCCACCGAGCGCUUCCGUACUGAGAUCAUGGACCUUAAAUCGGAGCUCUACGCACUGCAGCAAAAGUAUGAAGACGCAACGACUGUGUCCGAGACGUUCUCGAAUAACGACAGUAUGGCCACGACCCGUAGCCAGUCGGAGGACGAUGAUGAAGGCUACGACUCGAGUUACAACGAGAACUCGCUGCGUCACUCUACGGCGCACGAGCGUGAUGAGAUCAGUCGAGAAGUGCUGAUUGAGUCGCUGCGAGAGGAAGUCGAGGCACUUUCAGCCAAUGUACAGGACGAGACAGAGGCCCGCGCUGCAGCCGAAGCCGAAGUUCAACAACUUCGUGAGAGUCUAGCUCAUAUGGAGGCUAUGGAGGCCGAGAUGACUGAAAUGACCGAUGAAUUGAUCGGUAAAUCGCAAGAAAUUCGUACUCGAGACGAACAGAUUGAAGAACUGCGGGAGUCGUUGCUGAAGCUCCAGUCCGAGAUGGCUACAGCUAAUGAUGGAGGUAUUGAGUUCACGAACGAACGUGAGAAUAUGCAAAACCAGCUUGAAGAGAAGGACAAGGAAAUUGCGAUCCUUAAGGACGAGGUGGACGCCCUCAAGUCCCAGUAUGAUGAUCUGGCAGAGAAUGAACGUCAACUCAAGACCCAACUAGAGCAGGAGAAUGAAGUUGUGGACGAGUUGAAGGAGCAAAUUGAGACCUUGACGAGGAACUUUGAGGAAAGCAAACAGGAGCGUAGCGAGCUGGAACGAAAGCUUCAGUUUGGCAAGGGCGAGAUAUCGCAGAACCGCAAGGAAGUGGAGGAGCUCAAUAGUUUGAAUUUGGACCUCCAGAAGCAACUGGACGAAGCAACCAAGAGAACCUCCGAAUUGGAGCGUGCAUCAUCUUUGUCGACAGCGCCCACUUCGGCGCCUACCUCGGAGAAGGAAGCGGCUGAAUCCAAGCGACUGAUGAUGGAGAUUCAGACGAUGCGAACGUCUCUGAACUCUCUGUCAGCGGAGAACGCUCGGCUAAGGAACCAGGAAGGCAUGUCGUCCAGUGUUGUACCGGCUAAGCGAGUAUCAGCUGACGUGCUGCAAGUGAACUUCACGCCUGAACAGCUUGCGCGGAAAUAUCUGGCUGAACGGACGCGCAAUGCUUCGUUGCUGUCGCGUCUGCAGACUGUCUGCGGUAAUAUCCAAGUGUUCUGUCGUGUGCGACCGAUCAUCAACGAAGAACUGGAAAAGUCGUGGGGCUCCAAGCUGGCAGUGAACGUGGUGAAUCAGGCAGAUUUGGCGGCUAUGGAUAUCCGACCGGACCGUUCGUUCUCCAAUGACGCUGAUGGCAGCAGCGGGAACAUGGAAGCACUGGCAACUAACAGUUCGUGGAAAGUAUUCACAUUUGAUCGCAUAUUGGGCCCAGAAGAGACUCAAAACGAUGUUUUCCGUGAAGUGGAGCCGAUCGCGCAGUCUGUUGUGGAUGGAUUCAAGGCGUGUAUCUUCGCAUAUGGACAAACUGGUUCAGGUAAAACGUACACUAUGGAGGGUACACCCAGUGAUCCUGGUCUAAACUACAGGAUCAUCAGCCAUCUUUUCCAGUCUGUUCAAUUGCGUGGAGCUAUCUACACACCUGAACCUGUCAACAACGAGGACCAGGACGAUGAGAUGAAUGGUCUGCACGGCGCUACUGAAUCUUCAGUCUACCACGUUCAAGUCGGUGUGCUGGAAAUCUAUAAUGACUCGUUGCGUGACUUGAUCAACACAAGUAACCCGAAGGGGCUGGAAAUUCGCCAUGACUCGGCAACUGGAGAUAUUUGCGUUCCGGAUCUGACAAUGGCGACUGUGUCUUCUCCUCAACAAACGAUCGACGUGCUGCGGAACGCACAAACCAACCGUGUCACUGGAAAAACCAAUUCGAAUAUGCACAGUAGUCGAUCGCACAGUAUUGUGAUUGUGCAGAUCUCGAAACGCCGGCCGGAAAUUGAUGGUGCUGACAAGGAUCCAGCCGAGAUUGAGGUAGAUGAAGAGGGAUGUGGCAAGCUGUAUCUCGUGGAUCUGGCUGGUUCGGAGAGGGUCAAGAAGAGCAAUGUGAGCGGAGAUAUGCUCAAGGAAGCAGCUCAUAUCAACAAGUCUCUUUCGGCUCUGGCUGAUGUGAUGGAGGCUUUGGAUAAGAAGAUGGCGCACGUUCCAUACCGUAACUCGAAACUCACGUAUUUGCUACAGGAUGUACUAAACUCGUCGUGCAAGACAGUGAUGAUUGUGAACGUCGGUCCAACGAUCGAGAACGCGAGCGAGACAUUCCGGUCGCUUCAGCUAGCGGAACGCGUGCGCAAUAUCGUGGUGGGCAGGAACCAGAUUGUGAAAAACAAGAAGGAUAUCUUGUCGGCCAAGAAGGCGUUUGCCGAGCUCCAGUCGCUGAAGCAGCAGAUGCAAAUCUCCAAGAGGAAGUACAUGCAAUCACAACAGUCUGUGGUCGCUCUGAAGCGCGACCAGAAGAACCAGUCGGAAAAACAGUCGGCUGCGCUGCAGAACCGGCUUAGAGCGUGGGAGACGCAGAACGAGAGUCUGAAGACUCAGAACGAAUCCCUGAAAAAGCUCGUGGAUGAUCUAAGCAACCAGCUCAAGGCGGAGCGAGAGACCAAGCAGAAGGAGGCGGAACAACGCGAAGCAGCUCAACGAUUGCUGCGACAGCAGAAUGCAAAGACUCGCGUGUCUUCAUCGCAGCAAGAGGCUCAGCAAAAGUUGCUUCACGAGCGCGAAGAAGAGAUCAAGAAGCUACGUCAGCAGUUGACUGAGGCCAGACGACGAAGCACUACCUCACUCAUCCCGCGGUUACCAUUGUCGUCACCACCGAUGAAGAAGUCGAAGAGUACUCGUCCUGCAAGCACACCCGGUAAUAAUCAGCACGACGAUAGUGCAAGUACAUCGGGCGUGCAGAGCACAGGUGCUAGUCGAGUUACGAAGACGCGAACAGUCGCUCGGAAGUCGUCCGGAUCUCGCUUACAGUCCAGCACUACAUCGACCAAUGGCACCAGUUCAGAUCAAAGUCCAUUAAGUAGCAAACGCCCGAGUUCGCUGGGCCCUACGAGAUCAGCACGGUCAACCUCGAAAUCGAAGGCUGGUGUCUGGAAAUAAUUGGUCGAAGCUCUUUAGAUCGCGAUAGAGAGCAGCAUUCCGUCAAGGCCUGAAGGCAAAGGUGGUGAUCGAUCGUAGAUCACCGUUAGUUCAUCCAGUGAGUAAAGGAUUCAACAUCGCAGUACAUCAGAGCGGCGUAAUCAAUUCUUUGAAUGUAAGAACAGGGUUUGAUCAACUUGA